AUGACGGUCGAUGGUGAUGAAAAACCGGAGAGGGAGCGAGUUUUUAUGGACAUUUCAAUUGGAGGUUUGCCUUCCGGUCGCAUCGUCUUCGAGUUGUUUACCGAUGUCGCUCCGAAGACUGCGGAAAAUUUUCGUGCCUUGUGCACAGGUGAAAAGGGAGAUGGAAAAGUAACAGGAAAACCGUUAACGUAUAAGGGAAUGGUAUUUCACCGAGUUGUGAAGGAUUUCAUGAUACAAGGUGGUGAUUUUACAAAUGCUAAUGGUACAGGUGGAGAGUCUAUAUAUGGUGGUACAUUUGAGGAUGAAACAUUUGAACUGAAACAUGAUAGGCCUUAUCUUUUGUCUAUGGCCAAUAGGGGCAAGGAUACUAAUGGAUCACAGUUCUUUAUAACAACACAGCCGGCGCCGCAUCUCGACAAUGUGCACGUAGUGUUUGGCCAUGUGGUGGGUGGAGCGGCUUUAGUGCGUCAGUUGGAGGCGUUGCCCGUCGACAGAAACUCCCGACCUCUACAGGACGUGCUUGUGACUGCUUGUGGACAACUUGUACGGCUCAAAUCAGGUAAAAAGCGCAAACAAGAAAAAGAGAAGGAAAAAGAUGGAAGUGAUGAAGAGUCGGACCAUUCACAAAAGAAGGACAAGAAGAAGAAGAAAGAUAAGAAAAAGAAAAGACAUCACUCGGGUGCAUCAGCAGACGAGGAAGAGGCUGAAGAAGCCCCCUCCCAUCCUCUGGUAAUGACUUCUAAGAUUGACCCUAGAGAAAUACCCGAAGUGCCUACAAACAGGUUCCUUAUGAGGGGAGGUAGAGAUCAGGAUAAGGAAAGGGAUCCCCGGAGGGAUAGAGAAAGGAUGCGGUACCGCGAACGGGAACGCCACAGUUAUACGAGAAGUGGCAGAAUUAUAAAGGGUCGUGGUGUAUUUCGCUACCGCACUCCAUCGCGUUCGCGGUCUCGUUCCCGCUCGGUGACGCCGCCGCACUGGAGGCAGGCUCAGCGCAGAAUCAUCAAGCUCUCCGACUUCGAGGAACGCAUGGACCAGGAACGCGCUGAAAGAGAACUCCAGGAGCCGAAGAAGAGGCCCGCCGAUAAACCUCCUCUUA